AUGGUGGUUGCCUUUGCUGGAUUGUCGACGGCCGUUUAUCGUAUGGCCAGACAACCCUUCAACGAAUGGGCCGCAGAGCAGAUGUCUGCAAGUAUUAUUACUAGCUCGCGUGUUAACAACAUUCUCGAUCAAGCUCAAGAGGAUCACAAAUCGGCUGUGAAAGAAAGGAUCAAUUCAGUCAGUCAACUAAGGGACAUUGUUGAUGUUACAAAAGCAUUAUUCGCGAUUUCUAAGGAAACCGCAAAGGUAGAAGCUGAAGCCUUCGAGUUGAAACAAAAAGUUGCCGCGGCUGCAGAAAUAAAAUCCGUUUUGGAUUCAUGGGUUCGAUACGAAGCGUCGUUACGUGAGCUGGAACGGAAAGCACUCGCAAGUCAUGUUAUCGAUCGUGCCAGGGUUCAAUUGGAAGACUCGGCACUGUAA